GAUUUGCAGGUAGUGUUGUCAGAUGAAGGAGAGCAUGACAGAAGAGGAGGACUAUAUGUCGGAUUCCUUCAUUAAUGUUCAAGAAGAUGUCAGACCCGGUGUGCCGAUGCUGAGGCAGAUCCGAGAAGCCCGUCGGAAAGAAGAAAAGCAACAGCAAGCUAAUCUGAGAAACAGGCAGAAGAGCGUAAAAGAAGAAGAGCGGGAAAGACGUGACAUCGGGUUGAAGAAUGCACUCGGCUGUGAAAACAAAGGGUUCGCUCUGCUCCAAAAGAUGGGAUACAAGAGUGGGCAGGCUCUAGGCAAGAGCGGAGAUGGUAUUGUUGAACCAAUUCCUCUCAAUGUCAAAACAGGAAAAAGUGGCAUAGGUCACGAGUCAUCAUUAAAACGGAAAGCGGAGGAGAGGCUGGAAAACUACAGGAGAAAAAUUCACAUGAAAAACCAAAAUGAAGCAAAGGCNGCCGAGGAGUUUCGGAUGCGACUGAAGAGUAAGCAGGACGAAAUGAGGCUCGAAGGAGACCUGAGAAGAAGCCAGCGAGCUUGCCAGCAGCUGGAUGCCCAGAAGAAUAUUCAGGUUCCCAGGGAGGCAUGGUACUGGUUGAGGCCUGAAGAGGAGACUGAGGAGGAGGAAGAGGAAGAGGAAGAGGAAGAACAGGAUGAAGAUGAGUGCCCGAGUGAAGAUUUGAGUGUGCUAGAAAAACUGCAGAUCCUCACUGGCUACUUAAGAGAAGAACAUCUGUAUUGCAUUUGGUGCGGGACAGCCUAUGAAGAUAAAGAAGACCUGUCUUCGAAUUGCCCAGGACCAACCUCUGCGGAUCACGACUGAGAUUGUUCCCGACAAAGGAAAAUUAUUUAUGUGAGCGGGGAAAGAAGGCCUUUGUAUAGCACUUCAUUCUUUUAGAAAUGUGUUCUUUGGAUAAAAUUGCUCACUGAUUUAGAAAAAUGUUACUGUUACUUCCAAAUACAAGUAUCAUAGACAUGAACAAUUACAAGUUAUGUGGUAUUGUGACGCUUGUAGAGUUUAAGGGUACCAACAGGUUACAUACUCAGUUCCCUCCUUACUUUGGAUAAAUUGAGAAGAUAGGAAUCAGGAAGAAGCCAGUUGUCCGCUUUAGGCCUUGCGAUGCACCUUUAUGGUAGAGGGCCUGCCUAGCCUGUGCAGGACAGAAUCCUGAGUUUAGCCACCAGCACAAGCUAAGCUCAUUGGCUUGAAGCUGGAAUCCAGAACAAGGCCAGCUCUUUCUAACCAGACUACCUAAUAGUAAUUCGGAGAAAUGGCAUGCCCAGCCUCUGCUGUGGAGCCUGCUUUGCGUUCUAGAACUGGUGUCUUGAAGUAGUUUUAUCCUGGUUUGUCUUUCAACAUAGCUGCUGAGAACAACGGGUAGCAUUUUCUAGGCAACUAGUUCUCUGGAGUAGAGAGCACACCACUGGCUGAGUAGUCUGUCAGAUUAAAACACUUCUCUGUUGGAAAGGAAGGAAGGAAGAGUCAGAAGAUUCCAUACUUCUGGGUCAUGUCCAGGGUCAGACAGACCUCAAAGUCAUGGGCGUUUUUCCAAGUGUGCAUGCUCAAGGAUCCCCUCUAGUGGACCCAUCUGAACUGGUCUCAGUAAUUAAAUACCCACUUUUUAAACUCCAAGAGUAUGUGGCAGCAUGCAUUGCUUUCUGAAACACCACACCAUCACAAGGGAAAACAUUCCAGAGGAGUGCCUGAAGAAACGCAAAGUGGUCAGCACAGUGCAGCCUGGAGCAGCAGGAGGACUAGAGAGAGCCAACUUACCCUAGGUUACCAGGCAACAUCCCAGUGGCACUACACUAUGCUGUGGGUGACCAGGUGACAUCCCAGUGGCACUACACUCUGCUCUGGGUGACCAGGCGACAUCCCAGUGGCACUACACUANGCUUUGGUUCUGAAGGAUGGACAGGUCUUGGGUAUGCAGAGCUCUGAGGAGGCAGCUGCUCUNUGACUCAGCAGUUCUAAGCAUAGAAAAUGGACCCCUACAAGUCUGNUUUUCUGCUUUCGGUAAUCUUAUUCAUAGAUGUCAAAAAGUAUAAACCACCCAAAUGUCUAUAGAACAGGUAUGUAAGGUACAUACUCAUACAACAGGACCCUAUUUGGCUGCACAAGAGGAAUGCAUUACUGAGACCUGCUACGUGGAUGAAAUUUGGAAGCUGAUGAUUUGUUUAAGUUGAGAGGAAUUUCAAAUACAGACAGUGGGAAAGAAUAUAAGUGCUAGAACAUGUUCAGGUGAACCUGAGCAGGUCUGUGUAGCUGUGCCUUAAUCUGGUAACACCAAGCACAGGACUCACGAUGGCAACCACUGGCGCACAUGGCUGCCAAAUCUCAUUUCUGACCUCCAGACCCUCAGUAAGUGACUAAACUGUAAAUGACCCAGUCUGUGGUAAAAUAUUGCAACUAUGGGAAAUUAAAAUACACCACAACUAAAUUAAUAUUAGCCGGGCUCCACAUACUGUGGAGACAUUUUGUUUGCACAACAGUGCUGCUACAGUUAGGAUUAAAGUCAGUGCUGGUAUAACUGUACCCAUCUAAACCAUGGGGACACCAUGAGCCACUUCCCGGGUAUGACAUUCCACAGACAUAUGACUACUUCCUCGAGCAAAUGUUGAGAGUAAAGAAAACACAGGGAGUAUGCUCUCAAGAAACNNUCUUCUUCNUCUGAUGUGUNUGAAGACAGCAACAGUGUACUUAAUUAUAAUAAUAAACAUAUCUUCUGGCCUGAGUGAGCAGAGUUGACCGAAGCGAGCGUGGUGGGGCCGACCAGAGCAGGGUUGACUAGAGCAAGCAAAAGUCCUAAAAAUUCAAUUCCCAACAACCACAUGGAAGGCUCACAACCAUCUGUACAGCUACAGUGUACUCAUAUACAUAAAUCUUUAAAAAAAAAAAAAAGAUGACAGCCUAAAUAUUUAUGGCUACAACUGAGGAGCUCAGCAUAACUAAGGUAAAAUAUUAUUUGUUAAGGCUGCACAAUGAUACAUACAGACUCACUCUUNUGUGUUUGAAGAUGAAAAUUGUGAGAAUUAAUAUUGAACAAAAAUACUCCUUACAAUAAAAUGUUAAUGUGCCUCGAGUUCUGGUGACCAUUCAAGUAGGAAUGUUUGUUAUGUCUCUGACUAGUGAGUCUGCAGAUGGUGAAGACUUGAAGAAGCUGACAUGCAGAUAUGCAUGUAGCUGUGUACACAAGGUACACUGAAUGGGCANGCAGCCCGUGCAGCUGCAUAAGACCAUGCAACUGUCCCACACUUAGCCUCUGAAAAGUUACCUUACAUUGCAUUUUAAACUGGGUCCCACCAUUAUGCAACCAACCGUACAUGUAUAUAAUAACACAUAGAUAUAUGUCUGUAUGGAUAGAUUAUGUAUGAAUAUAUCUUAUAUAAAGUUAUAUUACAUCUACAUGUAUGUGUUUGUGACAUAUGUGUGUUUAAUAGAAGUGAUAUAUUUACUCUGAUAAAAAUUUCCUAGUGAAGCCACCAGGUAAAAAAGUUUCUUUCAAAAGUGUCCCUGGAAUUAGUAAGUGAGGCUCUACUCUGCCCUGCUGUUGCCCUGAUUGAGAUUCUUGGGAUUUCCGGGUUUGGAGGCUGAGAAAAUAUAUCCUUAGAAGUAAAUAAAAAUGCCAAAAAGAUAAUAUACAUAUUUCAUAAUGUAAAAAUACCAGUAAGAGAAGGGUAAAAUGUUAUACUCUCCCUGACCAUAUUAUUUUGGUAUUCCUCUUAAAUGGAGGAAUUUGUUCAUUAAAGCUAGCUAAUAUUAGUCUGUUUUCAAAGAAAUUUCUUUCUACCUAGANAAUUUGAAAAAUGUAGACCAAAUCCUUAUGUAUCUUCAUUUCUAUGUGGCAGUGGCUAACAUCGCCCACAGCUGCUCUCUCUUUCUUCUCUCUCUGUAACUCCAGCUCCAGGGCAUCUGAUGCCCGGUUUUGGCCUGGGCUGUCACUACGCUCACAUACAAAGACAUGGACAUGCAAAUAAAAUAAAUAUUUUUUUUAAAGAA